UCCUUUAUUUAAAUUGGCAGAAGGUCAUACCGGAGCGCGGGGAGGUCCAUGUGAAGUCAUGGCGAACCUGAUAGUAGGAGCGACCGGUCGUACGGUCACUAGUGGGUUUCUCAAGUCUGUACUACAGAACGGCACCGGCCGCUAUGUCUGUCAGCUGCAGAGAAUAACGCUGAAAUUCUGCAAGGCGAGCGGGCAAAGUAGGGGAGUCAGAGAUUAUGUAGAGAACCACCUGCUAGACUUUGCUGCAGCAAACCCAGGAGUUGUGGUCUACGUCACCCCCAAACCUGAGAUACACGCUCGACUGGUGGCAGAGUAUUUGAAUGGCGAGGUCCACACCGUUUUUGUUGAUAAGAAAUCUGCGGAGGAGAUAAAGCAGCACGUCCAGUCACUGGUGUGGCGGUCAGGACUGCCGUUAGUCCGUCUACGUAAGACACAGCACACAGAGACCCCCAGCAUACAGGGACAGUGGACACCCUUCACUAACAGACCAGCCAGCAGUACAGUAGCUUUGGAAGAGAGACUUAAAAGGCUAAAAACCUGAUAACUAUCUGUAUAAUAACUACCUAAGAUACUUUCUGUUCUAUGUACAUGAAUAAAGCAUAUUUGUGAGUUUGGGAA